ACAGGAAAAAGGGCAUUCUUGAAGAGACAGAGGGAGCAAAUUAAGGGAGAUUUUUGGUAUAAAAUACCCCUUCCAAUCAAAGUCCCUUCCCCCUUUCCCUCUCCCUCUCCCCCUCUCUCUCUCUCUCUCAUUGGUGCAGUGCCCUCUGCCCUCUGCUACUGAAACUGGUCAGAAUUACCUGGAACAGGGGAAACUUGUAGAUUUUUCCUCAGAAUCUGGAUUUGAUGUCUUAUUUAUGAGAUGGGUUUCCAAUCUGGAGUGCUCUAAUGGAGUAAGUACUAUUUUUUUUGGGGUAGAGAGAGAGAAGUAGGAGUUGUAGGGGGAGUACCAGCUUCCUUCUGGUGCACUCUACACUCCGAAUUCGAAGACUAGAGAGAAAAAAAUCCCCGGUUCAAGGCAAUCCAUGGAGGUUGAGUCUGUGAAGUGUGAGUGCUGUGGCCUGAAGGAGGAUUGCACCCAAGAUUACAUAACCCAAGUGAGAGAAAAAUUCAAUGGAAAAUGGCUUUGUGGCCUAUGUGCUGAAGCAGUAAGGGACGAGACCACUCGGUCUAAGAAGCCUACAGUCGAUGAAGCCAUUAAAGCUCACAUGACCUUUUGUCGAAAAUUCAGAGGAAACCCAGCUGUUAAAGUGGCUGAUGGUAUGAGACAAAUGUUGAGAAGAAGGUCGGGAGAUUCGUCGAAGAGCCUUCUCCGAUCGGCUAGCGCUUCUUGAAUUUUGCGUAAAAAGUUAAAUUUUAGUCUUUGAUUUUCUCCCUUUAGAAUAAACUAAGGUUGCCUUGACUGUUUUUCCAAUGCUUUUCACUUCAACUUUCAUCAACAAAAGUGUACAGAGGAAGUAAUUUCUAAGGAUAAGCGGCUCCUUUCGUCCAUUGGCAUCUUGAAUUCGACUGAGACCUCAAUUUUUGCGA